GCAAGUACUUUUCCUACUGAACUCCAAUUAUUUAAGUGUUGUAAAAAAGUACCUAACCAAUAAUGUCUAAAAUAACAACAUUAGUAAAUUUUAUCUCUAAAAGAACAAUUUCACUUACCACACCUAGAGAGGGGAAGAGAAAUUUCCGAAAAUUCAUGAUUGCUAAUAAAAGGGGCUCCAGAAUCCACAAACAAAAGCAAAUGACGCCGGAGGCCGAGCUUGAAAUAGACAAGCGUGGUGUUCGUGAUGUGGGGUACAACUUAAAUGGCCAGUUCAUUACAGUACCCGAAAUGAUACCAGAACUUAUUGUGCCAGACCUUAAAGAUUGUGACCUUAAACCAUAUGUUUCCUAUAAAGCUGAUAAUGUUAUACAAAGUAAAUUUACAGCACAACAACUCUUUGAUGCUGUGUACAGUAAGAAAAUUGUCACAGAUUUUAAAGAAGGCAAACUAGAUGCUGAUGGACUACCACUACAGCCGUCCGAAGAAGAGCAACUCCAACCUGACGAGGCUGUGGCAAGAGCAAAGAAAACUGGAUCAGAUAUUUUUUAAUGAUCAACAAUUGUUUUAGAUUUAAGUAGUUAAGAAAAAUAAAUA